AUGAGAGAGAGAAAAGUCAGACACCCGCACCCGCACCUGCACCCGCACCCCCCUCUCAACACACACAGAGAGACACAAACCCUAACAAUAAAACCAAAGUCCAAACUUGCAAAGUUCAUUUAUAUACCCAUUUUACGAUAAUAAUAACAAUAAUAAUUGAUUAAUACAAAAGGCCAAAUAAAAAAUUAAAAAGAAAAGAGGAAACAAGAAAAACUGGAAUCUACUCCACCACCACCACAACACCAUACGCCACAAAAACCCACCUCCCUUUCUUUCUUUAUAUAUAUAUAUAAACAGCACUCUUCUUCUCUUUAAUCCCUUUUUUCUGUUCUUUCCCUUUCUCGCCACCAUUUCUCUGUUCUUAUCAUAUCUACAGAAAACCUCAUAUACUGUUUCUAUCUGUCCGUCUUUCUAUCUAUCUAUCUAUCUUGAUAAAGAUGGGAAAAGACGAGUGGGUGAGGGCUGCGAUGACAGACGACCGAGUUGUUGUGGAGCUACUUGUCCGUCUCAAGCAAGCUCCAGACGAAGCUGUAUCAUCCAAGCCUCAGCCGGUCAUUCCUCUUCGAUGGGGUCUACGUUUACCCAGGUCCAGACCAGCGACAGCCUCAGCUUCUUCCUUACGAUGUGAUAACAACAAUAACGACGUCGUUCUCGUUUCUACUAGGAAAGACGGUGAUUCUUCUACUAGAUGUAGUCCUACUACUCCUCUUUCUUGGAGCGGUGGCGGCGGCUCUGCCUCCCCUUCCGCUACCGCCGAUGGAUUUGAAGAGACUAGUCGCCGUUCUUCUCCUGCCGUCAGAUCCAAGGUUACUGCUGAAACUGCAAGCACUACUACCAACACCAAGAGGUCAAAAAGAAAGAAGACGUUUGCUGAACUUAGAAUAGAGGAGGGUUUGCUGAUGAAGGAAAAGAUGCAUCUUAAAAAGGAAUUGGCAAGUUUAAACGCAACAUUUAAUGAACAGAGAUCAAGAAAUGAGAACUUGAAGAGAAUAAAGCUUGAUUUGAAUCUGCAAUAUGCCGAGAACUCGAGUUCUGCUAGAGAUGAAAUGGAGGAAGCAAUUUGCAGCCGGUCCCACCAGAGAGAACCAUCUUCUUCCAACCAAAUUAUAUCAAUAUUGCCAAUGUAUGCCAAAGGUGAUGAUAAUACACAAUCAGGCUCUUGUCAAACGCACGAGGCAGUUUCGGACCAUGAUAAAUCUUUUCUCCUUCCUGAUUUAAAUAUGAUGCCAACUGAGGAGGAUCCUGCCACUGAAACUCUACCUGGAAAGAGAUGACCAAAAAAAAAAGUAUCUGUCUGCCUAUUUACUGACGAUGUGGAUAUUGGAUUGCCGAACAGCCUUCAUGCCUAUAAUAGAAUGAUGAAGUCAAAAGCCUUGUGCUUAGCUGAGGAGCUAUUAGCUGUAUGCACACUCAGAGAUUGUUAUCCCAGCACAUAGAACAUGAUCAAUGCUCCAGGAGAUGGCUUGUCUUGCUCUAUAGCUAAAUCUGUGGUAGGCUAAAUAAGUCAGGCCAGCCACAAAGGUCUCGAAGGUGCUGCAGAGAGCAUGGCUAGUAGUCGUAGAGAUUCUUGUUCUGAGAGGUUUCUACAUUCUUUAGAAUCUUUAUGGGGUAAAUCCUCAUUACUUCUUAUUCUGGAAUUAUGUAGAAAUUAAUCGUCAUUCUUUGAAGGUAUAUGGCUGCUGGACUCCCUUUGUUAAAAGCUUCUUGCAACUAAUUUUACUUUUUUUUUUUUUUUUUUUUCUUGUAGGCUUUAGUUUCCAAUUUUAUAAAUUCUUUUACUGAGGAUAUUUUUUUUGUAGGAUCUGUACCCUUUUUCAUAAGGAAGAAUGUAGUCAACUGUAGGAAAUCUGAUGACAUUUGGUGAAUUGUUAAAUUUUGUGGCAGCAUUGUUUUGUUUAAA